AUGGCAAGGUGUACUUUUUUACGGCAAGUAAAAGAAAUUAAAAAUUGGCAAAAUGUUGUGUUUUUGAACCAAACAUGGCUUAAUGCAAACCAUACUGUAGACUGUUCUUGGACUGAUGACGCUGCAGCAUCUACGUCUAAAGUUGUUGGAAAAGGGUCGCGGCUUAUAAUUUGUCACGCCGGAACCAUCAACGGAUUUGUAAAAGGUUCUCUCAUGGCUUUUGCGUCUAAAACUACUGGAGACUAUCAUGAGGAAAUGCAUGGAGAAAAAUUUACUGAAUGGUUUACCUCCAUGUUGUGUAGCCUCCCUGAACCAUCUAUUAUAAUUAUGGACAACGCCCACUCUAUGCAAAUUGAUAAGCCACCUGCCCAAUCGCAAAAGAAAACUGACAUUGUAGCAUGGCUUCAAAAAAAUGGCGUAGAUGCAAACAUAAAUAUGUUAAAAGCGGAAUUAGUCCUGCUUUUAAAAGAAAACAAACCAACCAAGAUCCGAUACGUAAUUGACGAAAUAGCUUCAGAACAUGGGCACAGAGUUAUACGGUUACCACCUUAUCAUUAUGAAUACAAUGCAAUUGUGUUGGUGUGGGCUCAAAUUAAGGGAUAUGCUGCAAGACGCAAUACAGAACCCCCAUUUACCACAACAAAAAUGCUAAAAAUUUUGGAAGAAGCUUGUGAACAUGUAACUACAGGAGACUGGGAACAGGUCGUGAAUAGAACUGUUAAAUUAAUAAGGGAAGAUUAUGAAAGAGAUGUCAAAAUAGAUAAUAUUUUAGAAAAUGACCUUAUAAUUAAUGUAUUUGAUGAUAGCAGCGACGACAGUGAAAAUAGCAGUAUGGACGAAUCUGAUUAA